AUGGUCGAAGAAGAAGAACACCCCUCGCCACAGGUAUCCAAACCCUCGACGAAUACCGACUCCGACUCGAUCCACUCGACCCAAUCCAUCCGCAACGAGCAAAGCACCAACCGCCUGCAGCUCGUCCGCAGCUAUGCAUCCGGCUACUCAGGCUACGGCCCCGAAACUACCGCCUACGCAGACAUAAACCUCAGACACACCACCACAGGCGCAACAAUAGGCUCAGUCGCAACCAACGAUCCAAAUUUUGAAAUCGACUGGACCGACGACAAUGAUCCUGAAAACCCGAGGAAUUGGAGCAUGGCAUACAAAGCUUUUGUGGUGUUUGUGAUGAGUUAUGCGACGACUGUUACGGUCUUGUAUUCGACGAGCUAUACGGUGACAGUGGGGAAGCUGGAAAAGGUGUUUGAUGUCGGGCAUCUCACUGCUUUGCUAGGCCUCACUACCUAUCUUAUCGGCAUGGCUGCUGGUUCCACUGUGCUUGCGCCUUUGUCGGAAAUGUAUGGACGCCGCCCUGUCUACAUUUUCUCGACCGCCAUGUUUGUCAUUCUCAUAUUGCCUUGCGCGUUGGCGAAGAAUAUCGAAGCUUUGCUAAUACCGAGAUUCUUUGGUGCAUUUGCGGCGGCGAGUUUGGUGUCUAAUGCGCCUGGGUCAAUCAAUGAUAUAGUGGUGGAGGAGUAUAGGGCUUUGGCAUUCAGUAUUUGGGCUAUUGGGCCAUUGAACGGGCCCGUUGUUGGUCCUAUCAUUGGAGGGUUCACGUUUGAGUAUUUGGGAUGGCGGUGGACUAAUUGGCUGGUCAUGAUUCUGGCUGGCGUUGCAUUUGCUUUUGUGGCGAUUGUUAAGGAGACAUAUGGACCUACGAUUUUGAGAAAGAGAGCUGCAAAGAUGAGGAAAGAGACAGGAGAUCCGAGAUGGUGGAGUCGAUUUGACGAGAAAAAGGCGUUUUUGCCAUUGCUCAAGGUUAAUCUGAGCAGGCCGUUUGUGUUGAUGGUUACGGAGCCAAUCUGUCUUUUCUGGGACGUCUAUGUGGCAAUCGUCUACGGUACCCUCUACCUCUCCUUCGUCGCCUACCCAAUAGUCUUCCAACAACAACGCGGCUGGUCCCCGGGUAUCGGCGGUCUCGCCUUCUGCGGCAUCGGAAUCGGCAAUCUGCUCACUAUCGUCCUCGAGCCCGUGUGCCGCAAACUCAUCAACUCGCACAAGAAAGAUCCUGAAACGGGCGACAUUCCUCCUGAAGCCAUGGUAUCGGUUAUCUGUAUCGCAGCUGUGAGCUUAGCUACUGGAGAACUGUGGUUCGCAUGGACUUGCACGCCGAAUGUGCAUUGGAUUGUUCCCAUCAUCGCUGGUAUACCAUUCGGUGCAGGCAACGCGGGAGUCUUUGUCUACAGCAGCAACUACCUGGUUCACUCCUACGAACUCUACGCCGCCUCCGCACUAGCCGGCAACGCCGUCCUGCGCUCCAUCAUGGGCGCCGUACUCCCCCUCGCCGGCCCCGCAAUGUAUGCCUCCCUCGGCAGCAAUUGGGCUGGCUGCACGUUGGGUCUGGUGGAAAUGGCUUGUGUGCCUAUCCCGGUGGUGUUUUAUCUGUACGGUAAGAAGAUCAGGGCUAAGAGUGCGUUGAUCAAGGCUAUGCAGGAGGAUAAGAGACGCGCGGAUGAGAAGAAGGCGAGGUAUUUGAGGAGGGCGGAGAAGGAUGCUGUGCAAAGAGGGGAUGCGGAGGCUAGUGUUGGUGGAGUGGGGAAGACAGGAGCGGCGGUUGCUGAGGAGAGAGAUAUUGAAAAGGGGGCUUGA